GCUGAAUGCGGUGUGCGCCGGUCUGCGUUUUUUUUCGCUCCUGUUAAGACCGAAUGGAAAUCGUGAUGAAAAACUAACCGAAUGUGGAUGUAGAGUAGGAGAACUGCCAAGUCUCCAAAAACCGAGAGGACAGAAUGCAGACUAGACUAAAAAAAGCAGAAAAAGACGGACUGGCACCCCAAGACACCAACACAUUAACAAGCAGGAGCUCCAUGCAGAUCCACUCUGAUGUUUUGAUGUUUGUGAGGAUGCAGAACUGAAGAAGUUUAGGCAAAUGGCUUUUAUUCUGUUUUCUGAAGGAAGAACAUUGAUCUCCCUGAGGAAGUUCCAAUGCCCGACAUCCCACAGUGUGAAGUCCUUCAGCCUGGCAGCAGCUGUAGCGGUAUUAGCAGGGUGCCUGUAAGCUGAAGCCCAGGGAGAUGUCACAGCUGUACUACCGGCGGACUGACAGCUCCUCAUACCGGGACCGCAUCCCGCUGAGAAUUGUGCGGGCCGAGUCGGAGCUGUCACCUUUGGAGAAAGCCUACCUCGGAGCGGUGGAGAAGGGGGACUAUGCCAGUGUCAAACAAGCUCUGGAGGAGGCAGAGAUCUACUUCAAGAUCAACAUCAACUGCAUCGAUCCUCUGGGCCGCACGGCUCUGCUAAUUGCCAUUGAGAACGAGAACCUGGAGAUCAUUGAGCUCUUGCUGAGCUUCAAUGUGUACGUCGGCGAUGCUCUGCUCCACGCGAUCCGCAAGGAGGUGGUGGGAGCUGUGGAGCUGCUGCUAAAUCACAAGAAGCCCAGUGGCGGCAUGCAGGUUCCUCCUAUCUUACUGGACAAGCAGUUCUCUGACUUCACCCCUGACAUCACUCCCAUCAUUCUCGCUGCACACACCAACAACUAUGAAAUUAUCAAGCUUUUGGUGCAGAAAGGUGUGUCCAUGCCACAGCCACAUGAGGUGCGCUGCAACUGUGUGGAGUGUGUGUCUAGUUCAGAUGUGGACAGCCUGCGGCACUCGCGUUCACGCCUGAACAUCUACAAAGCACUGUCGAGUCCCUCACUAAUUGCGCUUUCCAGCGAGGACCCCUUCCUCACUGCCUUCAGGCUCAGCUGGGAGCUGCAGGAGCUCAGCAAGGUGGAGAAUGAGUUCAAAUCCGAGUAUGAAGAGCUGUCCCAGCAGUGUAAACAGUUCGCUAAGGACCUCCUGGACCAAACAAGGAGCUCCAGAGAGCUGGAGAUGAUCCUGAACUACAGAGACGAUAUCAACUUAUUGGAGGAGGAGGGCAACAAUGACCUGGCAAGACUCAAACUGGCUAUCAAGUACCAUCAAAAAGAGUUCGUAGCUCAGCCAAACUGUCAGCAGCUUUUGGCAUCCCGGUGGUAUGAUGAGUUUCCUGGCUGGAGGCGACGCCACUGGGCAGGAAAGUUCAUCACCUGUGUCUUCAUCGGCCUCCUCUACCCUGUGUUUGCUUUCUGCUACCUCAUCGCUCCUAAGAGUCGCUACGGCCUCUUCAUUCGAAAGCCCUUCAUCAAGUUCAUCUGCCACACAGCGUCCUACCUGACCUUUCUAUUCCUGCUGCUGCUCGCCUCCCAGCACAUUGUCACCACAGAACAGGACAGGCAGGACAGGCAGGGCCCUGCACCGACCACUGUGGAGUGGAUGAUCCUGCCCUGGGUGCUGGGAUUCAUCUGGGCAGAGAUCAAGCAGAUGUGGGAUGGUGGUUUCCAAGACUAUGUCCAUGACUGGUGGAACCUGAUGGACUUUGUCAUGAACUCUCUAUACCUUGCCACUAUCUCCCUCAAGAUUGUAGCCUACACUAAGUACAGUGGCAGUAAACCCAGAAACCAAUGGGAAAUGUGGCACCCAACGCUAGUAGCUGAAGCAGUGUUUGCCAUAGCAAACAUUUUCAGCUCCCUGCGCCUCAUCUCGCUGUUUACAGCCAACUCUCACCUGGGUCCGCUGCAGAUCUCUCUGGGGAGAAUGCUGCUAGACAUCCUGAAGUUCCUCUUUAUCUACUGUCUGGUUCUACUAGCCUUUGCAAAUGGGCUGAACCAGCUGUACUUUUACUAUGAGACGAAGGCUUCAGAUGAAAAAGGAAAUUGCAAGGGCAUCCGGUGUGUGGAGCAAAACAACGCUUUCUCCACGUUAUUUGAAACCCUACAGUCUCUCUUCUGGUCUAUCUUUGGCCUGAUUAGCCUCUAUGUGACCAACGUGAACGCCGACCACCAGUUCACCGAAUUCGUCGGUGCCACCAUGUUCGGCACCUACAACAUCAUUUCACUGGUGGUGCUGCUCAACAUGCUCAUAGCCAUGAUGAACAACUCCUACCAGCACAUUGCUGAUCAUGCAGACAUUGAGUGGAAGUUUGCCCGGACAAAGCUGUGGAUGAGUUACUUUGAAGAAGGGGCCACUCUGCCGGCCCCCUUUAACAUCAUCCCCAGCCCUAAAUCAUUCUGGUACCUCAUGCGUUGGAUCAAGAGGCAAAUUUGCAAGAGGACACGCUCCAAGCGCCCUGAAACUAUUGGAACUCUUGGAAGGCGAGCAGCAGAGAAUCUGAGGAUAAACCAUCAGUAUCAGGAGGUGUUGAGGAACUUGGUCAAGCGGUAUGUGGCUGCUAUGAUCAGAGAUGCCAAGACAGAGGAAGGUCUGACUGAAGAGAACUUCAAGGAGCUGAAACAAGAUAUCUCCAGUUUCCGUUACGAGGUGAUGGGCAUGAUGAAGACCGGGAAGCCUGCUCUACAGGGAGCAAAGGCCAGCGGCAGCUCAGUGGAAUCCAGUCUUGCUUUCGCCAACUCCACGCUCAAGGUUUCUCCCUGCCCUCCAAGCAGCCAGGUAAAGAGCAAACUCAACCGGUUCAAGAUCGCCACAUCCAUCCUCAAGCAGGUCACCUCUGCAGCGUCCCCCAGGCCUCCUGAAGCCUCAAAUGGCCUACCGAAUGGACUCCUGGCCUCUGAUGAGAGCUCUGGCGAACAGUCAAGUCAGAGGAGAAACUACCCCAAAGAUAUCACUGACUUUGGUUUGUUCCAGAAACACAGUAAAGAAGCGGCGUCAGGUGCAGGAGAGCUUUCAAGACAGAUGUACUCUUUGUCAGAAGAAGCAGGGGAGUCUGGAGGCUCGGACGCAGAGGAGCAGGAUAAAGAGCAUAAGGCUACAGGUAGCGGUCAGAAAGAACUCCUGGAGGUGAAGGAAAAGGCUUCAGAGAGUAGGGAGGAGGCGAACAGCAGCAGCAGCUCGGACAAAGAUGCUGAAAAAAAGCUGAGGCAAAGGACAAAGAGUCACCCUGCAGUGACUCGGUAGCAGAAGGAUGUUCGUCAGGGCCGUCCACAGAAGAUGCAUAAGAUGUGACGCUACAUGAACAGAACUAUGGACCAAAUAAUGCUGGAUGAAAGACGGAGAGACUGACAAUCAGUGUGGGCUUCAAGUGAGGAAUGUUACUGUGCGUUUGGCAGAAAGUCGAACAUUUCCAGUUAUUACUAAACUAAUGAUCAGCUUUGAUCUUUGGAGACUCAGGGAGGCCUUUGGUUCAAGUGUUUUAAAUGCCGUUAUGUUAGCAGUGGAAAUGCAGCAGAAGUGAAUGGAGCUCUGUGUGAGCGUUGCAAAGAUUUAGAUUUUAGGACGAGGUCAUUUCAUCGCAUCACUUCCCUUCAGAUGAUUAGAAAAAUUCCCUCGAACUAAUGAUUUCCUCUUACUCUCAGUUCCUUGCCUUUAUCUGACAUGUGCGUUUCUGUUCAAAAUAUCCCGUCGUUUUUCCAAAACCUCUCCUUGAUCAGUCUCUCUCUACCUCUUUUCCUUUUCCUGCUUCUCUUCACACCACUUUAAACUCUCACCAUCCUUAUGUCACUAGAGCAAUAGACGUGUUCUGUUUUAGACCUGACUUUCUGCCUUACUCUCUCUGUUUCUGCACUUUACACACUUUACAGUGGCAUACAGUUUCUCCAAGAUGUGUCAAGCUCUGCUCAUGCAACACCGAUUCUGUCAAUGUGUUCCUAUGCAAAACCCUUGGAUUGUGAUUCUCAUCACUCUGACGAGGCCGACUGUACAUUUAACGCUGACAGUUCAUGGCAAAUAUUCUCUUGUGUGAAGUAGAGCUUGGUGGAACUGUGGGAGAUACACACUAUGAACACAGCCUAUCAACCACUUAAAGCAACAUAUUAUUCAUGUUUAAUUACUCCUACCGAAAAUAAGCUUGUUAUUUUGAACAGAUUUGCUGUUUUUGAGCUGGUACUUUUAGAUGUGAUGUUACUUUGAAUGAAUGGCAUUAUAGACCUUAACAUAGAUCAAGAAUAAACCUAAAAAUACA